AUGAGCAGAAAGGUCCUCCUGCAGCUCUCCCUCCUGCUCUGCUACCCCGUCCCCCUGACCUGGAAGAACACGGCCGGCCAGGUGUAUGAGAUGGUGCUCACCUACAACGUGGUGGCCGCUGGCAUCCUGGACGAGGUCAUGGCUGUGGUCAGCAGCACGGCCUGGGACACUAAGUUCCUGCUAGUGAGAGCCUGUGUGACUGCCUGGGCCUGCCUAGACCACAGCUGGACCCCAAGUUUUCUCAACUUCUGUGAUGCAUUUGAAGCUGUGUUCCCUGUAGCUCAGCUGCUUAGCCUGCUGAGACCAAGCUUCUGUGAACUAGUGAUCCAGGCAGCCUUUGGCAGCUCCGAGUGGCCAUUUGGCCUGCCCGAGCUGACGCUGCGUAGAUUCCCUGGGACGGCCUCCAGCUUCAGGGUAGUCGGAGACUUUUCAGCGCUGCUGGGGCCCCGUGUCAUCCCGCAGCAGCCGGCUGCUUCCUAA